CUCAAAUGUGGGCAGAUGUGAGAUAUAUAGAUGCACCGUUCAUCAAACUCAAUCGCGGAAGAGUGGCAGAUGACCAAGUCCUGGAUAAUAGCGAUGCCAAUCAUAAUGGUUCGACCGUGAUGGAGUGCUGGUUCAGGACAGGGUCGGACCACAGUGAACCGAGAAAACGUCACAUCACCAUAUCGAGCCAUCCUCCAGGUCCUUCAACAAGCGGGGCAGGUUAGCAUUUCCUGAAUACCUCAUUCGUAGUUUGUCUAUACCCCGCUAUCAGGUCGUGUGAAGCUAAAGGGAAGCAAGAAUUACAAGGGCAGGCCCUUUCCUACUAAGUCCCCUCGAAAGGAAGUAUGCUCAAAAGGAAAAGCUGUCACUGACUCUAGUCGUUCAUCUAAGCUUAAGCCCCUUGUUAUCCGACCCUCAGUCUCUUCACAAGCCCGGGUUCUUCAUCGUAACUUACAAGAUGUCUAUGAGCACAACUGACAGCGCGACGGUCCGAGAGGGAUUCCCUCGUCCGUUCCCAAACACCCCAACAAAUGUCUUAGCCCAGCUUCGUCUAAGUGGAAAGGUCGUCAUCAUCACAGGAGCUGCCGAUGGCAUUGGCUACGCUGUGGCUGAAGCGAUGGCUGAAGCAAAUGCAAAUAUCGCCAUGUGGUACAACUCCAACGAUAUAGCCGUUGAGAAAGCACAAACUCUGGCCAUCACUCACGGUGUCCAGACUACUGCCUACAAGGUUGAUGUUUCAAAUCCGGACGUGGUCCAGAAAGCUAUUCAAGACGUCGUCAAAGACUUUGGCAAGAUCGACGUGUUUGUUGCAAAUGCUGGAAUGGCUAUCUCCAAGCCUAUUCUGGAGCAGACCCUGGAAGAAUAUCGGAAGCAGAUGUCAGUGAAUGUCGAUGGCGUUCUCUACUGCGCCAAAUACGUUGGAGAGGUCUUCCAGCGACAGGGCUUUGGCAACCUGAUCAUCACCUCCAGCAUGAGUGGUCACAUUGUCAAUGUUCCCGUUGAUCAACCAGUCUACAAUGCCAGUAAGGCAUUUGUGACUCAUUUUGGCAAGUCUCUUGCCCGGGAAUGGAGAGAAUUUGCCCGUGUCAACAUUGUCUCGCCGGGUUUCUUCGAGACCAAGAUGGGUGCCAGUCCGCAGGCGAUCAACGAGGCCUACCGGAUGUCGGCAUUGGGUAGGCAGGGCCAUGUGAAGGAAAUCAAGGGCUUAUAUCUGUACCUUGCCAGUGACGCGUCCACGUUCAUGACUGGUAGCGAUGUUCUCAUUGAUGGUGGCUAUGUUUUGCCGUGAGACAUGGUGCAGUAGCGUUGUUACCAACAUUGGGGUGUACGUGUUGCCCAGGCAAGCCGCAAAUAUAUUGUGGUUGGAUCUUGAGCCGGAUGACAGUUGACGAUCCAGUAUUCUACUUUAGUGUUUGAACCCACCAAAUGGAAGGUUGUACCCAAG